UAGUACUCCUUUCCUAUUCCUUUACUCCUUCUCCUAUUCCUCCUCCUGUUUGUCUCCUCCUUUUAUUCCUCCUUUUCCUCUCCUAUCCCUCCUUUCCUAUUCCUCCUCUCCUCCUAUUCGUUUCCUCCUGGUUCUGUCCCUCUCCUCCUUCUGUUCUUUUCCUCCUCCUCUUGUUCCUCUCCUCUUCCUGUUUUUCUCCUCCUCCUCUUACUGCUGUUCCUCUCCUAUUCCUCUCCUCCCUGUUCCUGCAUUCCCCCUCGUGUUCCUUCUCUCCUCCUCUUCCUCCUCAUCUGUUCCUCUUAUCCGUUCUCUCCUCCUUUCCUCCUCCUCUCCUCUCCUCUCGCUGUUCCUGCUGUUCCCAUGGUGUUCCUGCUCUCCCUGCCCUGUUCCUGCCCCAGCAGUUGUCCCUGUUUGCAGACAGACGGGCUGUGGCCGAGCCCACGCUCUCACACGUGGAACAAAACAAUCCUCCCAGACUUUCUGCCAGAUUUUCGUUUGUUUCCGUCAUUUCCCCGAGAGCUGUAAUUCAUAUGGGAAGUGGUUUUUUUCCCUGCAUGUUCUUACAAGGCAGAAUAUUAUGCACAGGGCUGAAAGUUUAAUUUUUUUUUUUCUUUGACCUCAUCAGAGUUUGGAUUCUUUGCAGCUUGUUUGCCCCAAGGCUUCCUGUAAUCCUCUUUUUGGUUGCACCAGGCCUCUUCCCUCUGCCUCAAACACAAUGUGUGCUGUGGUGUGGUUUUCCUCCCCUCCCUUUCCUCCGGAAUUUAUACUUUGGUGAAAUUACUGGGUAGGAAAAGUGACUUCUGGAGGGAGGCAGAGCCGGGGGGAGGCAGCAGGGAGGGUUAAUGUUAAACACAGCGUGCUGGUUUGUGGCCAGACCCAGCCAAGUUUCUCACCCCCAGCCCUUUGCUCCCUGUCCUGCUGGCUCUGCGGUUGGGAAACGCUGCCAGAGAUCCCCGGGGGUCCCUGAGCCCCUGAGGAGCUCCUGGGAAAUCUCUCCCCAGGAGUUCCCCGGGGUUUGGCAACACUCAGCAGCGUGGCCUUGCCCAGCCAGGGCUGCAAACUCUGACCCUGGCUGGGCUUCUGGGGAUCAGGGAAGGGUUUUGCAAGGGGAUUGCAGCAAACAUCUCCUGUGUCAGGGCGCGUUGGCUGAGACACAGUCACACUCUGUCACCCUUCAGUGGGAGCUGGGGAAAACGUGUGGGAAGUUGGGCAAAUAAGGGAGGAAAAGUGCUCCAUGCUGGGGGGAACUGAGUUGGCAGAGCUGAAACCUCAUUCUGCCCUCUCUGCUUCAGUAGUGCCUGAAUUUGUGCUGUGCUGGGGCUGCAGAGGAUGCAAAAAGCAGCAGCAAGUUUGGGGCUGUUCAGCAAAGUGGGACUGACCUGUGGGCAGCUGUGGGUUUCUGUGCUUGGGUUUGGGAUUUGCUGCACUCUGGGCAGCAGGGCAGGGGGAAUUCUGCCCCUGUGCCCAGCUGAGACCCCACCUGCAGAGCUGCCCCAGCCCUGGGGCCAGCACAGGAGGGACCUGGAGCUGCUGCAGAGAGCCCAGGGAGGCACCAGGAUGAGCAGAGGGAUGGAGCAGCUCUGCUGGAGGAAAGGCUGGCACAGCUGGAGCUGUGAGAAGGGUGUGUGGAGACCUCACAGCUCCUUCCAGGGCCUGAAGGGGCUACAGGAAAGUUUGAGAGGGAUUUCAUCAGGAACUGGAGUGCCAGGACAAGGGGGAUGGCUUCCCAGUGCCAGAGGGCAGGGAUGGAUGGGAUUUUGGGAAUUAGGAAUUGUUUCCAGUCAGGGUGGGCAGGCCCUGAAAUAGAAUUCCCAGAGCAGCUGUGGCUGCCCCUGGAUCCCUGGCAGUGCCCAAGGCCAGGCUGGAGCAGCCUGGGAUGGUGGAAGGUGUCCCUGCCCAUGGCAGGGGUGGCACUGGAUGGGCUUUGAGAUCUCUUCCAACCCAAACUGUUCUGGGAUCAAAAUCUCCUGGUAAGCUUUAGGGAACUAAGGCCAAAGCAGCAGGAAGGGGGUAGACAGGGGAGCAGCCUCAUGAGGUGAAAUUUAAAAUCAUCUGGCAGAUUGCUCCAGGUUUGGAAGGAGCAAAACCAAGGACUAUAAUUCAGUGAACACUGAAGCACUGGAAAUAUGAGGGAGGGAAGAAUUUACUUUUCUAAAAUAAAUUAAUUGUAAUUUGUGAAGCCCCCAAGCCCAAAAGCUCACCCAGUGAGUUACUGCUCCUUAGCCCACUGUCCUUUGCAUCCCUCGUCCUCUGUUGGCUUUUGGAUUCCUGAGUGGAUUUUUCUGCCCCCUCUGAGCACUGGAGCCAGAUAGGAUAUCUUGGCUCAUCUCUUGGCCUGCAAGUGUUGUUUGCACUUGCCUGAGGAAGGUGAUAGCCCAUAGUGCAAGGUCUGUGGUGUGCAAUCCAUGGGAGGAGCUGGAACAGCCUUCCCAGUUCCAGGGUCUGGAUAAAGGACUGCAAGCUCAGGAUACUGGGGCCCCUGUAAAUACCCUUGGCUGGCUUUCAUUGUAGCAUGUGUGCCUGUUCUUCUGGGUGGGGGUGAAGAAAUCAGUCUGAUGCUUGCUUUAAAAAGCAGUUUUAAACCAUGGUGCUGUGCAGCUGCCAGGGAAAUGCACGAUGGAGGGAUGCUUGGAGUCUCCUUCCAUUGUGGCACCUGGGUGGUCAGGCCAGGCCUGGGUGGUUAGACAGUGCCUGAGCCGUGCAAGGAGGAGGAGGGAAGGUGGAUUGAUCCCCCAGUAACUGAGGGAAGCUGGGUUCCACAGCUCCCAGUCCAUAGGAAGCGACAGGAGAACAAAGCGCCCGUGUGAGGAGCUGGCAGCCAGCAGUGCUGCAGCUCUGUCCCCAAAAGGGGAGUGUCCCCGGGGGAUUGGCAGCCCACAGAAUUAUUUUCUAAGCUCUCUAAAGAUAUGGCGUCAUCACAUCACUUCCCCAGCACUGUAGGCUCUCAAAAGCAGGUGAUAAAAGAAGAAUAAUACACUUUAUAAUGUGCUGGAGCACAAAUUUGGACAUGCUUUGCUGUCGAGGAGAGAUGGAAGGGAAACAAGGACAGGGAUACACUGCUUUGCUGGUCUGCUGUGGCUCCUGGACUGUCUGUCUGGGUGGUCCUGGGGUGUUUAUGUGUGUUGGGAGAAGCAGAAUAUCUUCAGGAGUGGCCCUCACACCUGGGUGAGAAGCAACAGGAGCUGAAAGAUUACAUGGGAGGAAAGUUCUGCUUGAGUCACUCAACAAGAACGAGCAGUCAGCCAAUGGCCAGUCCCAGCCCAGGGAAUCCAGCAACCCUCAGUUCAGGAAAAUGAGUGGAGACUUCCCAUCAGCCAAUGGAGAGGCUGGGGGGGAGGCCCCCAAGGGCUACACUCAGGACCAGCUGGAUGCAGUGAAGAGGGUAAAGCAGUGCAAAGAUUACUAUGAAAUUCUGGGAGUCAACAGAGAAGCUUCUGAUGAGGACCUGAAAAAGGCCUACAGGAAACUGGCCCUGAAGUUCCACCCGGACAAGAACCACGCGCCAGGGGCCACGGAGGCAUUCAAAGCCAUCGGGAACGCGUACGCCGUGCUCAGCAACCCCGAGAAGAGGAAGCAGUACGACCAGUUCGGGGACGAGAAGCUCAACGCCGCCCGCCACGGCCACAGCCACGCCGACUUCCACCGCGGCUUCGAGGCCGACAUCUCCCCCGAGGACCUCUUCAACAUGUUCUUUGGGGGUGGCUUUCCUUCCAGUAAUGUGCACGUGUACAGCAAUGGCAGGAUGAGGUACACCUACCACCAGAGGCAGGACAGGCGGGAGCACCAGGGGGAUGGCGGCCUGGGGCUGUUUGUGCAGCUGAUGCCCAUCCUCAUCCUGAUCAUCGUGUCAGCUCUCAGCCAGAUGAUGGUCUCCAGCCCACCCUACAGUUUGAGCCACAGGCUGUCUGUGGGUCACACACACAGGAGGGUCACAGAGCACUUGAAAGUGCCCUACUACGUGUCCGAGAGCUUUGCUGAGGAGUACACGGGCACGAACCUGAAGAACGUGGAGCGGAGCGUGGAGGACGACUACAUAGCAAACCUUCGCAACAACUGCUGGAGGGAGAAGCAGCAGAAGGAAGGCUUGUUGUACCGGGCACGCUACUUCGGGGACUCGGACCUGUACCAGCGGGCACAGAAGAUGGGCACCCCCAGCUGUAGCAGACUGUCAGACGUCCAGGCCUCCCUGCACGGAUAGUCCCAGCCCACGUAUGAGCCGGGAGCAGGGAACCCUAGUGCUUUUAUCACUGACAUCCCUGAUUGAGACACAGCCCUCCAGGAGUCUCCUCGGGGUGCCCGCGUGCGGCCUCCCCUCCGACGGCGCUCCCUCGUUAAUCAGGAAUUGAUUGGGUUUAGUUUGCAUGUCGGCACCCUCGGCUCUCUCCAGGCUCCCUGGUUCCCCCAGGAGCAGGGCAGAAUCCCUUGGUGAGGUUGGAAGUUUCUUACGUGCUGUGGCAUCCAGCCCCCAGGUUUUAAGGAGCCCUUGGUUUGGGUUGCUUUGUUGUCUGUUUUGCUGGGAAAGCUGCUGUCCCUGGCACAUGAAGCAGCCUGGUGACAGGGAGUGGAGUCCCACCCAACAGAUGUUCCUUGUCCCCCCUCCCGUUGCCUUCCCAUUCAAGGAGAACAAAGCAAAUGUUCCCAGCAGGUUGUAGAAGUAACUUACUGGGUUAAACUGGCAAUCAAAGUAAAAGCAGCUGGGGGGGAGGUCUGGAAGAUUUGGGGGUUGGAGAGCUUGGAUGAAGGAGAGCCCGGAUAACACAGAUGAGACCGGACGUGCCGGGAGAACUGCACCAAAAUAAUGAAAAAAUUCGCCACAGGGUUUGGAGUCCUUUUUCUGCAAAAAUGUUUGGGCUGAUUUUGCCUACCAGGUACUGCUGGGCUGCCUAUGAAAUGUGCAGAUCCUACUGCCCCAAAAUGAUCUGAGCACAGGAUUUCUAUAGAAAAACCCCUGAGUGAAGCUUGUUCCAGGUGUUGUAUGGACACCGUUCCGGCUCACAGGGACUCUUGGAGGAUGUUGGCUGUUGAGCUGCUUGAUUUGCACUUUUGGGGGUUGUUUUCCUCGGCAUCUGAAAGUUUGGCCUUUAAAGCAAAUCCUCUGGGGCACAUUGGGCUUUUUGUUGGGUGUAUCCUGGUUUUGGAUCCAUUCUUACCUUGAUCCUCCCGCUCUCUCGUUUGGAUGACUGCGCCUCCUCUGGUGUUAAUUACCUGCUUUUCUUUAAUUCCCUCCCUGCCCCCGUGGUCUGGAAAGAGCCUGGAAAAGCUGCUGCCUGUGCUGUGGGGUGGAGAAGCAAGGGGGAGUCUCAGACUGGCCGGAGUCUGACACUGCUGCUGCUUCUGUUCCCAGAGUAUUGAAACGCCUGAAGACUUUGGGGAAGUGCACUGAGCCGAGGUGGCAACUUUGCUAUUUAAAAACGAAUCAAACCUUAUCUUAAAAAUGGAAUUGGAGAAUUAGCAACGCACAACUGCCCCUCUUUCUUCUCUCUGCCUCCCUGACAUCGCAGGCAGCGCUUGGGACAGGAAAUCCAGCUCUCUGUCUUCCUCCUCCCCUUCCAACACCACUGGUGUGCUCCCAGGAUCCCACAAGGAUCCCACAGCCCCUGGAACAGACACACAGAGUGUAAAAUAACCCAAACUAACUGCAGAAGCUGUGAAGCAGAAGGAGAAUCUUCGCCGCUGCCGAUGGAGAGAGAAGUGGGAUUUUGUUGACAAAGGAAGACACUAAAGAAAAAAAAAAUAUAAUCUAUUUAGCAUUAAUUUAUAGCUGUAUAUAUGUUGUACUUUUAAACUAUGCAGGGGUUGGAUGAUUAAAUUAUUUUGGUUUCUGCCCGUUUUGGGGAGCAGGGCAGCAGGAAGCCUCUUCCCAGGGUGUCUCUGUCCGCAGCACUUUCCUGCCUGGAACACAGGAAUCCCUUUGCAGUUCUGUCCUUUGCUCCUGAGAGGACAUCCUGUGGAUGGGGACAUCCAUCCACCUGCUCGUGGGGUUGUGAUAAAACCAAAUCCCAGCCGUGCAGGGGGUCCCAGAGAGAGGGGGAGCCCGUCCAGAGCCGUGGAUCUGCAGCGUCGGCGGAGCCGCGGGGUCAGCUGAGCGCCGGCGUGGCGCUCGCCGUGGGAAGGAUUGUCCUGGAUGGAUUUUGCUCGUCAGUCUUUGGUUAAUUUGUGCAUGUAACUCCUUUUUCUGCCGAGUCUGCUCGAAUUCUGCCUGGUAAUCAGCGUGCUCCGUGCAGAGAGGGCUUUCCAACAGCUCUUUGUUGGGAGGUUUUGUGCUCGGGUUCCUCUCCCCCCCCCCGGGCACCCACGGGCGCUCCCGGGUGCAGCCUGGCCCUGGCUUCCCACCCCAUCCCGUGUUUCCUGCAGGACACCUGGAAAACGCCACAAAUCCAUAAGGAACAAAGCAUUCUGUUGGAAGAAGUUCUGCUGGGGGAGAUCAGGGGAUGUGUGACCUGCCCUGAGGCUGCCCCGGGUGAGGAGCCAUCCCUUGGAAGCAAAGCCAGCACGAGCAGAGCCACCUCCCAUGGAAUAAACUGGAUUAUUUAAUUUUUUUUCUUUGCUCAUUUGUGUCUAAAGACAUUUCCAGUGAAAACCAUCCCCUGGCACGGUCAGGGCAGUGAACUGGGAGCACGGCAGCUCCCGGGUGGGCUGGCAGAGGUGGUUUUAUCCCGUUGUCCUUAGGAAUCCAUGCACUCUGUCUUGGCUGUUUAUUUAUUUUGUGAAAUCUCAGCCUCCCGUUGGCUGCAGGCCCUGUUAUCCCACAGCCACCAUGGCUUGGACUGAUUUUAAGGAGUUUUAUUAUUUCUUUUUUUUUUUUUAAUGGUUCCUCCACCUUAGAAGAAACUGGGUGGAAGUUGAGGAUUGGAAAUGGCGCUCGAUAGAGGCACAGGGAUGAUGGGGACGGGGUUAAACCAAAAUCCUGCUCACAGAAGGAGCUGGAUGUGUUGCCCAGUGGCAUUCCCUGGCCAGAGCCUGCCUGCCAAAACCUUCAGGUUAUUUUUCCUGGUCAAUACCCACGGAUCACAAGGAGGGAGAAGGCAUCAAUCCCAGUGGAUGCUCACAGAGGCUGUAUCUCUCGAUUUAGAGUUAAUUAUACAAUUGUACAUCUAUAAAUAAAUGUUUAUAAUGUGAA